GCGUGGAGGGGCGGGGUCAGCAGCCUGGGUUCCCACCCAGAUGAGCCGCUCAGUCUGUGUGACUCCAGCAAGGCAGGUGGCCCCUCUGGGCCUGUUUUCUAGUCCCUUUGCGUCAAGAUCCUAUGAGGCCCAGCUGCAGAGGGCUGGGAGCUUGGUUCGUGGGAACUGCGGGACCAGCGACGUCCCACCUAGCCCGGCGGCCUCUUGCUCACGACCGCUGCCAUUUCUUUCUAGGGUCCGACACGAAAGGGGGCGGCAGCCCCGCCACCCCCGAGGACCCCCGGAGCCCCGCGAAGCCCGCCGCCCCCGAGGAUCCCCAGAUGCCCGCGCAGCCCGCGCUCCCGCAGCUCCCGCGCCGCCCGCGGACCCUGGACGAGGACGGGGCGCCCAGCGAGGACGGGGUCGCAGGGGGCAGCGAGCCCGCCCCGGAGGACGCCCCGGCCCAGGCGGCGGGCGAGGCCGGGCCAGUUUCCAAGGCGGCGGCCGGCGGCGCCCCCCACAUCGGCUUCGUUGGGGAGCCCCCGCCCUACGCGCCGCCGGACCCCAAGGCCGCGCCGCUGCUGUACCCGCCCUUCCCGCAGGUGCCCGUGGUCCUGCAGCCCGCGCCGUCUGCGCUCUUCCCGCCGCCCGCCCAGCUCUACCCAGCCGCGCCCACGCCGCCCGCGCUCUUCUCGCCGCCCGCCGGGGCCGCCUUCCCCUUCCCCGUGUACAAUGGCCCGAUGGCUGGCGUGCCAGGCCCUGCCACGGUGGAGCACAGGCCCCUGCCAAAGGACUACAUGAUGGAGUCAGUGCUGGUGACCCUCUUCUGCUGUCUGCUCACCGGUCUCAUCGCCAUCGUCUACUCCCACGAGGCCCGUGCAGCCCUGGGCAGGGGCGACCUGGCCCAGGCUGAGGAGGCCUCGCGGAAGGCCCGCUCGCUGGUGCUCUUCAGCCUGCUCUUCGGAGUCUUCGUGUCUACCAGCUGGGUCAUCUACGUGGUGGUGGCACUCUACCUUCCCUGAGGCUGUGGCUCUUGCGGAGGUGCCGGAUGCCGGAAUGUCCACGGAAAACUGGCCAGGCCAGACCCUUUCUCUGGACUCAGAUCCCUGCCGGUGGCCAGCUCUUGCCUGCAGAGGGAAUCUGGGGGCCAGAAGAGGGCAGGCUUGGCAACCCUCAACUGACUUGUGGCUGGCCCUCAGCCUCCUCAGCCUCCACAGGUGGCCCACUGGAGCCUCAGUCAGUGUCCUAAUCCAAGGUGUCUCCAGAGCCCGGCCCCAGCCGUGGGACAGGAGCCCACCAGAGCCCCAUUUCCUAGGUGCCUCCUCUCAAGGCCUUCCUGGGACUCCUCUUGCCUUCAUCUGUGCUCUUGGGAGGCCAUCGUAGGGACCAAAGCCUUCACUGUCUUCAGAGCCAUCUGGAAGGACACUGCAACCUCCACCCCCCACCCAACCUCCAGCCCAGCUUAGGCGAUCAGGAUGCCAGUAUUACCUUUCCCUGCGGGAGAGUGGAGCAUGGUGACUUCCGGCUGGUUGUUCCCCUAUCCCUUCCCCAUCCCAGGAGACAGGGUCCCUCAUGCUGACCCUACAUCCAGAAACCAGGGCCACUCUGUCUGGUCAAUCAACAGAAAGUGACACAUCCGUGCGGAGCUUCACACUGCUACUUUGGGGACACUUCCUGGCUCUCUUCCAGGGCCAAUGGCAACAUCUGUCCACAGUUGGGCUCCAGGGCACCCUACCCACUCCUCUCUGAGAUGCUGUUGGCAUAGAGGCAGUGCUGGCAAGAACUACCCAAUGAUAGAGGAUCAGCUGGGUGCUCAUUUGACGAGGACCACCCUGACUGGGGAGCACUUGCACCAAGAUCCCUCGGCCAGCCUGUAGAACCGUACCUAUGACUCUGGCAUCAGAUUCCUGACACCCCAGUCCCACUAGCUGUGGUCCCAAGAAUGAACCUGCAUUUUAACAAGAUUCAAAACUAUUGCAGAGGCCAGGCGAGGUGGCUCACACCUGUAAUCCCAGCAGUUUGGGAGGCCGAGGUGGGUGGAUCACCUGAGGUCAGGAGUUCAAGACCAACCUGGCCAACAUGGCGAAGUCCUGUCUCUACUAAAAAUACAAAAAUUAGCCGAGCGUAGUGGCAGGUGCCUGUAAUCCUAGCUACUCGGGAGGCUGAGGCAGGAGAAUUGCUUGAAUCCGGGAGGGAGAAGUUGCAGUGAGCUGAUUGUGCCACUGCACUCCAGCCUGGGUGACAGAGUGAGACUCUGCCUCAAAAACAAACAACCAUUGCAGACAGAGGAGGAAGGGGACCCCCAGCUGAGCCACACAAGAUUGAUAGCUCAAGCUAAAUCAGUUGGUUUCAGAGCAGCCUCGGUGCUCUGGCACCAGGGGCUGAAACAGGAGAAUGGCCCAGCCCAGCCCAGUCCCUCCUCCAGAAAGCUGGAGAGGCAGGCAUGAGGAAAUAAGUCAUGAGCAGCCUGGAGACUCUGUGGAUUUUUGUUCAGUAAGCAGGGCCUGAGGUUCUGCAUUUCUAAUAAGCUCCCCAGUGAUGCUGAAGCUGGUUCUCAAACCAAUAGCAAAGUGGGAAAUUAUCAAAACUACUAAAAGGCAUUAAAACCAGGAUCAUGACAUGGAUGCCCCCUGGUGUCUCUAUUAUUUGACAUUGUUGUGAAGUUCCAGCUAAUGCAAAAAAUAAAAAAGUGAAAUUUGUAGUAUGAAAACUAGAAGAGACAAAAAAUUAUUACCUAGCUAGACUAUCCAAGAGUCAAUUAAAAACAUGGAACUAGUAAGAUAACUCAGUAAAGUGGUUGGAUACAAAAUAAAUAUACAAAAGUGAUAGUAAUAACCAGGUACACUUGGAAAAAUUUAAAAUUCAACUUAUAAUAGUGAUAACAACAGUAAAAUUUAGGAAUAACUUAACAAAAGAUCUGGAAACCAAAUUAAGAAAAUUAUUUUAAAAAACUACCAAAAGGCCAGGUGCAGUGGCUCAUACCUGUAAUCCCAGCACUUUGGGAGGCUGAGGUGGGCGGAUCACCUGCGGUCAGGAGUUCGAGACCAGCCUGACCAACAUGACGAAACAUCUCUACUGAGAAUACAAAAAUUAACCAAGCACGGUGGUGCACACCUGUAAUCCCAGCUACUCGGGUGGCUGAGGCAGGAGAAUCGCUUGAACUUUGGAGGCAGAGGUUGCAGUAAGCUGAGAUUGUGCCACUGCACUCCAGCCUGGCUGACUGUGUGAGACUCCAUCUCGAAAUACACACACACACAAAAAAAAGAUAAAAAAUACCAAAAGACCAAAAAUAAACAACAAAAUAUCCUGGUAGAAGAUGUAAUAUACAAAUAUCUAUUUUUUAUAGAUAUUUUAGAUAGAGAUUUAAUACAAUUCUGGCAAGAAAACCAAGCUUUAAAUAAAUGACAAAAAUUAUUUUAAAAUUAAUUUGGAAGGAAAAAUAUGCAAAGAUUGCUAAUCUUUUUUUAAGUUGAAUGAGAGGAGACUUUCUUCACCAGAUAUUAAAACUGACCAUAAAGCUAUAAUAAUCAAAAUGGCAUGGCAUUGCCAUAGAGUUAAAUCAGUGAAAAAUUAUUGAAAAUCUAGAAAACAUUACCAGUAUAUGUGGAAAGUUAGCACUUGCUAAAAAUGGCAUUUUAAUUGAGUAAAAGAAGGUUCCUAAUAAGCAGAGUUGCUAUCUGGUUGGAAAAAAUAAUUAUUCUAAUAUUGUAUGCAAAAAUAAAUUCAAGAUGGAUUAAAGAGCUAAGUAUAAAAUGAAGCUCUAAUCAUAAUACGGCUUAGGAAAAUAUGUGUGUAACUUCAGGGUGCUGGGGCAGUAUGGAAACGGGAGGCCUCUUAAAAUCUAGAAAACCAUAGAGGGAAAGAUUGAUUGAUUUGAGUCCUAUAUAUCAGGAACAUGCAGAUUUAAAUCAUGAGAUAUGAUUUUUACCCACUGGAUUGUGAAAGAAUUAGAAAAGUUGAACACAUCUAGAGUUGCAGAGGGACUGCUGACUCUCACAUUUAUUACUAGUGGAUAUGUAUUGCCAUAAUCUUUGUGGAAAGGAGACUGAUGGUAUCUGUUACUAAUGUAUGUAUGGGCCAGGCAUGGUGGCUCACACCUAUAAUCCUAGCACUUUGGGAGGCCAAGGUGGGAGGAGUGCUUGAGUCCAGGAGUUUGAGACUAGCCUGGGCAACAUGGCAAGAUCAUCUCUACAGGAAAAAAAAAAAAAAAAAAAAAAGGCCAGGUAUUGUGGCAUGGGCCUGUAGUCCCAGCUACUUGGGAGACUAGAGUGUGAGGAUUGCUUGAGCCUGAUGUUGAGGCUGCAGUGAGCUGUGAUCAUGCCACUGCAUUCCAGCCUGGGUGACAGAGCAAGACCAUGUCUCAAAAAAAAAAAAAAAAAAAAAAGAGUAUGUAUGUGAGAGGAAUUUAAAAUUUUUGCACUUUUAACUGCUUAUCACUAUUGAUUUGCAUAUUUAUUAUUUAUAUACAUAUAAUGUUCCUGUCAUGUAUGCAUGGCCAUAUAACUAUGGACAUAUGCAUGCAAAGAAUAGAGUCUGAAGGAUUUAUUCCAAAUUGCUGAUAGUGGCUGCCUUUGGGUACAGAAUGUGAUGAGGAGGGUUUGUGCAAUGCAUUGCUGAAUUUUAAAAUAGGAUGUAUUGUGAAUUCAAAAAAUAAGAAAAAACAUGCACGGCUUUUGACCCAGAAAUUCUAGUUUUUGGAUUCACAGUCAUGAAGAAGGAAAGGUCUGUUUUCCUGGAGCUAGCAGUCCAACAUGGGAUACAGACAUUUAGCAGAUAAUGUAGCUGCAAACUAUUCUAAAGUGCCAUGAAGGAGAGGUAGCUCCUGCAAAUCUGAAAUGUUGAGUGCAACUGAGAAAAAACUGUCAUUAAAUUAGAGUGCGUCCUGAUUUAAGAGAUACGAAAAUAUUUCUUAGAAUCAUUCAGAGGUGGUUGAGAGAGUGGUGAAAAAGGGUUUUUCUGAGCAUAGCUUGUGAGUAUAUUAACAUUAAAAGUAAACGAGACGCCCCACCAGCAAUGAAUGAGAGUUCCAGUGGCUCCCCAUCCUCAUCAGCCCCUGGGAUUUGUCAGUCUUUUACGUUUUACCUCUUCUGGUAUGUGCAUAGUAGUAUUUCUGUUUGGUUUUAAUUUACAUCUCUCUGAUGACUAAUAAUAUUUAGGCUUUUAUCAUUUUUUUUUUUUUAAAUACAGACAAGGGUCUCACUCCAUUGCCCCAGGCUGGAGUGCAGUGGCAUGUUCACAGCUCACUGUAACCUGGAAUUCCUGGGCUUAAGCAAUCCUCCUGCUUUGGCCUCCCAAGUAGCUGCGACCACAGGUGUGCACUGCUACAUCUGGCUGAUUUUUAAAUUUUUUUUUUAAAAGAGACAAGAGUCUAUGUUGCCCAGGCUGGUCUUGAACUCCUGGCCUCAAACAAUCCUCCUGUCUUGGUCUCCCAAAGCGCUAGGAUUACAGGUGUGAGCCACUGCACCUGGCCUAGCCUUUUAUCAUGUUUAUCAGCUAUUUGGAUAUCUCUUUUUACGAGGUGCCUGUUCAAGUUUUGUGCCCAUUUUUAUGUUUGACUGUCUUUGUUUUAGAGCAGUUCUGUAUGUAUUUGGGAUGAGUCCUACGUUAGAUACAGUAUUGCAAACAUCCUUUCUCAAUUGGUAGCUUCCCUUUUCACUUUUUUUUUUUUUUUUUUUUGAGACAGAGUCUCACUCUUGUCGCCCAGGUUGGAGUGCAAUGGCGUGAUCUCUGCUCACUGCAACCUCUGCCUCCCGGGUUCAAGUGAUUCUCCGGCCUCAGCCUCCCUCCCUUUUCAUUCUUAAUGGUGUCAUCUGAUGAAAAGUUCUCAGUUUUGUUUUUUUUGAGAUGGAGUCUCGCUCUGUCACCCAGGCUGGAGUGCAAUGGUGCAAUCUCUGCUCACUGCAACGUCCACCUUCCAGGCUCAAGCGAUUCUCCUGCCUCAGCCUCCUGAGUAGCUGGGAUUACAGGUGCCUGCACCAUGCCUGGCUAAUUUUUGUAUUUUUAGUAGAGACAGGAUUUCACCAUGUUGGCCAGGAUGGUCUUGAUCUCUUAACCUCGUGAUCCGCCCGCCUUGACCUCCCAAAGUGUUGGAAUUACAGGCGUGAGCCACUGUGUCCAGCUGAAAAGUUCUCAGUUUUAAGGUAGUCAAACUUAUCUUUUCCUUUGUAAAUAGUAUGUGUGUAGGGGUAUUUCAGUGGCUUUUGUGGCUUAAUAAAAUUUCUGUACUCAUAGGACAUGAAGAUGCUCUUAUAAUGUCUUUUAGAUUUAGAAGCUUUAUUUUUAUUUAUUUAUUUUUUUAAUUUUUGAGUUGGAGUCUCGCUCUGUCAC